AUGCACUUAUUGCCAAGUGGAAUAUGUUUUUUUUUAUCUGUAGCAAUCUGCUGGCUCACAGCCGAGGUCGAUGCGUCCUGGUGGUACAUGAGCACGCUGGGCUCCCAGGUGAUGUGUGACAACAUCCCUGGUCUGGUGAAUAAGCAGCGCCAGCUGUGCCGCCAGCACCCCAAAGUGAUGCAGGCCAUUGGGGCUGGGAUGAAGGACUGGAUCUCAGAGUGCCAGCACCAGUUCCGCAACCACCGCUGGAACUGCAACACCACAGCCAGGGACCACAACCUUUUUGGACGCCUGCUGCUACGCAGCAGCCGUGAGGUGGCCUUUGUCUACGCCAUCUCCUCGGCUGGAGUGGUUUACACGCUGGCGCAAGCCUGCAGCCAAGGUGAGCUGGAUUCCUGCUCUUGUGAUCCCACCAAGAAGGGCUCAUCACAGGAUGCCAAAGGCACCUUCAACUGGGGAGGCUGCAGUGACCAUGUGGAGCAUGCCAUGCGCUUCAGCCAAGCCUUUGUGGACGCCAAGGAGAGGAAAGAGAGGGACGCACGUGCACUCAUGAACCUGCACAACAACAGAGCUGGCAGGAAGGCUGUGAAGCGCUUCAUGACACUGGAGUGUAAAUGUCACGGCGUCAGCGGGUCAUGCAGCAUCAGGACCUGCUGGUUGUCAAUGGCCGACUUUCGCCGCACGGGUGACUAUCUACGGAAAAGGUAUAGCGGUGCCGUGCAGGUUGCAGUGAACCAGUAUGGCACUGGCUUUACGGCCGCUCACACACACUUCAAACGUCCCAGCAAGAAUGACCUGGUCUACUUGGAGGACUCACCAGACUACUGCAUACGGGACCACGAGUCAGGGUCGAUGGGGACAGGAGGGCGGGUCUGCAACCGGACGUCCCAAGGUGUAGAUGGCUGCGAAGUGAUGUGCUGUGGCCGUGGCUACGACACAUCACGCGUGAGCCGCACCACCAAGUGUGAGUGCAAGUUCCACUGGUGCUGUGCGGUCCACUGCCGCGACUGCCACCAGCAGGUCGACGUGCACACCUGUAAGGGCCAGACGUGA